AUGAAGGAGUUUGUAUACGAUUCAGAUAAAGAAGGUUUGCCAAAUGAAAAUACUGACGACGAUUGUGGAUCUGCUGGGACGCUUGUGGCAAGGAGGUUAAGCGAAGUUACUAGUUGGAAAAUUUUAUUACUGGAAGCUGGUACCGUUACAGAUGAUUUUGUGGACAUUCCAUUCACGAAUCUAUAUACAUUCAAUUCUCCAUAUAAUUGGGGGUUUAAAACUACUCCACAGGCAAAUAGUUGUUUAGGUAUGAAAGAUCAUAGGUGCGUCUUUCCCACUGGUAAAGGAUUGGGAGGUACAGCCAUUAUAGGUCACAAUGUUUAUGCAAGGGGAAAUAAAGCAGAUUUCGAUGAAAUAGCCUCUAUGGGGCUUGAGGGUUGGAGUUUUAAUGACAUUUUACCAUAUUACAAAAAAACUGAGGGGAUACAAAUAGAAUCCUACGAUUCGGAAUACCAUGGUACCGAUGGGCUUUUGUACGUUAACUAUACUGCUCCAAAUCCUAUUAAUUACGACUACUACUUGGAAGCAGCUAAGCUUACAGGGCUGAAAAAUGUAGAUUACAAUGGAGAAAACCAAUUAGGAAUUUCCAAAAUACAAUGGAUUAUAGAUUUUAACAAAAAACAAACUGGAGGCAAUGCUUUCAUCCUUCCAAUUCUUGAUGAAACUAAAAACUUAAACCUGACUACGGGCGCUUUUGUAACCAAAAUACUCUUCUCGGAUACUACAGCAACUGGAGUUAAAUUCAUCAAAGACGGAAAAAUUUUCAAAGCAACUGCUAGAAAAGAAGUAAUUGUAUCUUCAGGAGCCAUUGGAAGCCCACAGCUUCUUUUGCUUAGUGGUGUUGGACCAAAAUCAGAUCUGGAAAAUCUCGAUAUUAAAGUAGUCAAAGAUUUGCCAGUUGGAAAAUAUUUUAUGGAUCAUCCAGUAUACGUAGGACUGUAUGUAAGAACUAAUUUAACAGCUGAGGCAGGAAAUAUGUCGUACUACUUGGAACGAUGGAUCAAUGGUUUAGGUUACUUAACCACGACAUUUAAUGCGGACAAUAUUCAAUUCAUUAACACUAAGACACCAGGUGUGGAACCACCAAACAUAGAAUUGGUGACAAUUAAUAUGCCUACAAGUGUACCUCCAGCUUCAUUUUAUAAUUUAGACGAUACAUAUGCUAAGGUGUUUUCAAGUUUUAACACUUUAACUGACUUUUUGGUGUAUCCCAUUGUCUUGAAACCAAAAUCUCGAGGUGAUGUCAAAUUGAAUAGCAGCAAUCCCGCGGACUUCCCACUUAUCAAUCCAGGUUAUUAUACAGACUCAAAUAACGAAGAUAUUAAAGAAAUGUAUGAAGCAAUUCAAUUUGUUAUCAAUUUGACUAAAUCUAAACCGCUUCAAGCUAUUGAUGCCACAGUAGUAUCACAAGCCCCAGAUUGUGAGCCUUUGAAGAAAGAGUCGGAAGAAGCAUUCUGGUACUGUGCAAUCAAAUCUCUUACUUCGACUCUCUAUCAUCCAUGUUCAUCUACUAGAAUGGGUAUCGAUCCUACCAAUUCGGUAAUUGAUGGAAACUUGAAGGUUCAUGGUAUUUCAAAUUUGCGAGUGGUAGAUUAUGGAUCUUUUCCGAUUAUGGUAAGAGGUCAUCCAUUAGCAGCUAUUUAUGCUCUUGCUGAGAAGGCUGCUGAUUUAAUUAAAGAAGAACAUUCUAGGGUGUAA